AUGGACCUCUGCACAGCUCGACCCAUCUCCAUUCUUGCUCACCAGAGACCCUUAACGCCAAGCCACACUCAUCUCCGGAGGAAAACCUCUCUCCCUCUCAAGCAGGCCUCGAUCUCUCGCACCAAUCCAGGAUUGCUGUAUUACAACAAUUCAUUUCUAAGAUCGACAACGUCUGAAGAAAGGUCAGGUGGGCCAGGCCAGUAUAUGAAAUAUGAAUUUGAUGGUGUGAUAGCAAAGGAAGAUGUUCAACCUGUCGAAAAGAAUUAUGAUGAGAGUGGAGGACCCAAAGAAGAUUCUCCUGAGGGUGACCAAAUGCAACCAUUUGAAUUUCUUGAAAAGCUCAAUAUCAAGAAGUUCCAGAGGUAUGAACUCACAACAUGA